GAACAGGUAUGUGAUGACGAGAAGCACUACACAGCUGACCACACUCAACAUGGCGGAGGUUUUCACACUAACUGCUGGCAAGCGACGCCCCUGUAACAUUAGACUGCUUUUAGCUAUGAGCACGUGACCUGACACCGAUGACUAACCAAGCGUGACAGCUACUAAUCGACUACCCAUCGCUGUUUUUUUUUUGUUUUUUUUUUUUAAAUUACAAGUGUCAGUUUUAGUAACCAUGGAAUAUGUGGUCAGCUGUGUUGUGCUUCUGGUCAUCACCUACCUGUUCUUUGAUCGCGUGCUGAGAUCCUUGAAGGUCGGUAACUAUGGCAACAAGUAUGUUUUUGUUACCGGAUGUGAUUCGGGCUUUGGACAACGACUCGCCAUCCGUCUAGACGGCCUAGGUUUCCACGUAUUUGCUGGAUGUCUGACAGACGAAGGAAGAAAAUAUUUAAGCUCCAACUGCUCCAAACGUCUUGUGACGGUACCUUUGGAUGUAACUAAAGGGGAGAGUAUCCAGGCAGCGCUACAGCUGGUCAAAGGGACGCUACCGGAAAACUCUGGUCUGUGGGGUUUGGUCAACAACGCCGGUAUAGCAGGAUUAGCAUGCUUCAGCGAGAUCUGUAUCCCUGAGGAUUAUCACCAGGUGUUCGCGGUCAACUUGUUCGGAGCUAUAGAAAUGUCAAGGGCGUUUCUACCGCUUCUAAGGAAGGCGGGUGGUCGGUUGGUAGCGACUGCAAGUGUGUGUGGGAGACUCGCCGCUGCUGCUGCCCCGUACACGGUGUCGAAAUUUGGUUUAGAGGCUUACAUGGACCUUCUGAGACGUGAACUCUAUAACAAAGGGGUCAGGGUGAUUCUGGUGGAGCCCGGGGCGUUCAAGACGACCAUCUAUGAUGUUGAGCAGACGGUGGCUCGAGUGAGGUCAGCGUACAACAGGGCCAGUGAAGAGGUGCAGGACACCUACAGGGCAGCCAUGGCUAACCAUGAAAGAAACCUGAAUCGACUUGUGGCUUCCAGCAACCCCAACCUUGACCUUGUAGUGGACGACUACAUCCACGGCCUGACCUCCAGGUAUCCUAGGACCAGAUACUCACCUGGCACUGAUGCUAAGCUGUUCUACAUCCCAGUCUCCUACCUGCCGACACGCUUCACUGACUGGCUGCUACAGACGCCUUAGUCUGGCUACA